AUGGCACGUCCUGUGGCCCGGCUCUUGCGUGGCAUCCGCCGAGGAGCUCUGCGAGCUUUCUCCAGCGAGGCCAAGUCGGAGCCGUCUGGGUCCCGACGAGCUGUCCUCGGAUUGCUGGUCGCCGGGAGCGGCGCCCUGGCGGCGGACGCCGCGCCGGAGGCCCGAGCAGCGCGAGGUGGAAGAAGACCGCUCAUGGUGUCUGAAAAGCACCGUGUUGUCACACAGGAGACACGUCCUGUGUGCCUUUUUUCUGUUUGUGGUUGCCUCGGUGUCACGACUCGGAGCGCUGCCAACGGACGAACGGCAGCGGGAAACAUCGACGACAUCAGAAGGCGCCGCAGAACUUCCGUGACCGCCUUGACGAACUACUACCACUACGGAUCAAAUGAGUGUCCUGGGAUCACCUCUAGGCCCUUUCCCCAGACGUCCCGCCGUCGUCCGGGCGCUUCGGCCGCGGCGCGGGGGGCCGAACCGUGCUGA